UCACCCUUCCAACAGCUGGAAUUUAGAGAGAUACAGAGAGGUGCAGCCUUUUCUUUUCAAUAUAUAAUUUCUUCUAAGGAAUCAAAGCUGUUUUUUAAAUGAGACAGAGGGGUCCGGCCUUUUCUUUUCAAUAUAUAUAUUUGUUCGAAAGAACCAGGGCUGUUUUUUUAAUAACACUGUCGAUAGCUCGCUCGCUUGCUCGCUCUGUCUCUCAACCGCCUUCUCUCUCUCUCUCUCUCUCUCUCUCUCUUUCUCGCGUUGCUCAGUGUUUGUUUCUUCUUUUUUAUACAUAUCGAUUUAUAUUUAAGGAAGAGCCCAGUGGAAACCGCUCCUGCGCUGAAGAAAUCCGACGGGUGGGUCGAGUAAUCCGUGCGCGGUGGGUGAUAAAAAUCGGAACUUUUUCGUUCUUCCGAGCGUUUUCCUCUUCGGCCUCUUUGUUCUUUCCGAGAGAGAAUAGCUAAGCUCCUCUCUCUCUCUCUCUCUCUCUUCCUUGUUGGUUGCUCUGUUGCUGACCCUCUUAAUGGCAGAGGACUAUACAAUUGGCCAUUUCAGUGAUGAGAUUUCGUGAGAAAAUGGAAGAAUUCAUGGGGGUUUGAUGAAUUGGCUGCUUGAUUUCUUCUUUACUUCCGUUAUUUUGAGGUAAAGAUGGGUCUUGGCGCUUCCUGCUCUGCUGGAUUUUCCGGGCGGUUUCCUGUAACAUUCUUCCUUUGGACCGAGAUUUUCCUAAAUUUGGAGGAAUUCAUGGAUUUUGUCUGGUUAUUUCCCCUUUUUCGCUUCCACUAACCCGAUUUUUGGUCUCUGAUACAUUCAAAACCGGUUCUUUUCUGGAAUUCUGACCCAAAGUUUCGAUUUUUUUCUUCGAAUUUUAUAUGAAGGAGACGAUCCGUUCGUCUCUCUUCUCAUCUUUCUUAUCCGAAGAGAGUUCUAGAAAAUCUGAGGAGCUCGUGAUAUUUGGUUACGGAGCUCCUUUCCGAUGUGAUUUUCUCCUUGCGAGCCCGUGAGCGAUCCCUUUUCCCAUAGUCGGAGCUCCCCAACAGCUUCCCCCGAUCUGGGCGUCCAAAUUUUCAAAGAAAUGGGUCCUUUGCAGUCCAUUGAUGGUGUGGUGGAGGAGAUCACGAGGAUCCACCGAUCUCUGCCGCCACGGCCGGGCAUUGACGAGGUCGAGGCGGCGAUGGCCUUGGUCCGCAACGUGGACAAGGAGGAGCAGGCCCGCAUCGAUGCCAUAUCGAAGCAGAAGAAGGGAUUCGACAUCCCUGAGGAGCUCUUCUUUGUGCUUCAGGAGAUGCAGAAGAAUCUGGUCUGCUUUCAGGGCAAAGAGCAGAAGAGGGAGGCUCUGAAGCUGCUUGAUCUGGAGAACAUCCACGUGCUGUUCGACGACUUGAUUCAGAGGGCCUCCAAGUGCCUUCCUUCCAGCUCAAAUGGGUUGGCUCCCUCUAUUUCUGCGAAUUCGGUGAAAGUUACUGCAGCCAGUUCCAAGACAAGCUUCGAUACUAACACCACUACUUCAUCUGUGGUUCAGUCCAAGGAAGGGGUCGGAAAGAGCUUCGAAGGUGUUAGUAGAGAUGACAGUUACUUGAAGAAAGCAAAGUCCACAAUGUAUGCUGAUGGAUUUGGCGGUGGUGACCCUCAUGUAUUGCAACGGUUGUUGCUGAAUCCUACAACUAGGCCUGAGGCUACUUUUGAUAGUGAGAAACUCAGUCUAAUUAAACUAGCUAGCUUGAUAGAGGUCUCUGCAAAGAAAGGCAUCCGAGAUCUCAACCUUCAGAACAAGCUUAUGGAUCAAAUUGACUGGUUACCUGAUUCGAUAGGGAAGCUUUCUGGCCUAGUCACUCUUGAUCUUUCCGAAAAUCGAAUUGUUGUUUUGCCAGCCACUGUUGGUGCUCUUUCUUCUUUAAAAAAAUUGGACCUGCACUCAAAUCGGAUAGGCGAGCUUCCUAACUCUAUUGGAGAUCUUUAUAGCCUGUUAUAUCUGGAUCUGAGGGGAAACCAGUUAAUGUCAUUACCCUCUACAAUUGGGAAAUUGGUGCAACUUGAGGAACUUGACCUGAGCUCGAACCAGCUAUCCUCGCUCCCAGAUGCAAUUGGAAAUCUUGUACGCUUGAAGAAGUUAAUCAUUGAAACAAAUGAUAUUGAAGAACUUCCGCAUACUAUUGGUCAUUGUGUCUCUCUUGUUGAACUCCGAGCAGAUUAUAAUCGGCUGAAAGGCCUUCCAGAAGCUGUUGGGAGGCUGGAAUCUCUGGAGAUUCUCUCUGUCCGGUACAACAAUAUCAAAUCACUUCCAACCACCAUGGCAUCUCUGUCAAAACUGAAGGAGGUUGAUGUCAGCUUCAAUGAGCUUGAAUCGGUUCCUGAGAGCUUAUGCCUUGCAACCACACUUGUCAAGCUGAACAUAGGAAAUAAUUUUGCUGAUUUACAAUCUCUCCCACGCUCUAUUGGCAAUCUUGAGAUGCUAGAAGAGUUGGAUAUCAGCAAUAAUCAGAUUAGGGUCCUUCCAGACUCUUUUGGGAUGUUGUCACAACUCCGCGUGCUUCAUGCAGAAGAGAACCCUUUGGAGUUGCCACCAAGGCAUAUUGCUGAAAUGGGUGCACAGGCUGUUGUACAAUACAUGGCUGAACAUGUUGCGAAGAAAGAUGUGAAGCCGCAACCAGUAAAGAGUAAGAAGAGUUGGGCUCAGUUUUGCUUUUUCUCAAGGCCUAACAAAAGAAAGCAUGAUGGCUUGGAUUAUAUUAACUGAUUUAUUGAUGCCACAUGGGAAUACAUCUUUCGUGAUGUUGUUGGCAUACACGAUCAUGAUGCAAGUAGUCUUGUCCAGAUUCACAUAAAAGAAGAAUUUGAAGAUGCGAAUCUAAUUUUUGCCUUGGGACUUGGGUAAAAUUCCUCCUUCAGCGAUGCCUAGGUCUGUUGUUUCACUUGUAUUUCUAGUGUCUUUGAACUUGUGUGAGGUGUACUAUUAACUUCCUGUGGCAAAUAGAAAUGAAAAAAAUGUAUGCCAUAUUUCUUAUUCUUUACAUUGUCUUGUAGUUGAUUUUCUUUUAUAACAUAGUGCAUGUGAACUAUUAUACCAAUUUAGAA